AUGGCUGUGAAUCUCCCUGGUCUGCUAUCAGUGGUGGUGUUUUACCUCAUCAUUCUGGUGACGGGAAUCUGGGCCUCCAAGAAGUCCAAGAGAGAGGAAAGGAAGUGCACAGGGAAAGAAAGCGAGAUUGCCAUGGUGGGGGGACGGAACCUCAACAUCUGGGUCAGCAUCUUCACCACCACUGCUACAUGGGUGGGAGGGGGUUUCAUCUUGGGAAAUGCAGAGGUCGUAUACAUGCCCAACAAAGGCCUGGCCUGGGCUAUUGGCCCCAUCGGCUACUCUCUCAACCUUGUGAUAGGUGGCCUUUUCUUCGUCAAACCCAUGAGAGGGAAGAAUCGCGUGACCAUUAUGGACCCAUUUCAAGAGAAAUAUGGGGACACUCUGACGAGCGUUCUCUUCAUUCCCUCUGUUCUGGCAGACAUAUUCUGGGUGGCAUGUGUUCUGGCUGCCCUAGGGGGGACAAUGAGUGUGAUUCUGGACAUCCCAUCACAUCUCGCUGUGGUCAUCUCUGCUGCUGUGGCAAUACUGUACACCCUGCUGGGGGGCCUGUACUCGGUGGCAUACACAGAUGUGAUCCAGCUUAUCUUCAUGCUUUUGAGUUUGUGGUUGUGUGUGCCCUUCAUACUUAAGAGUCCUGCCUCAGCAGACAUAACCUACACAGCAGUGAAUGAGCUCUAUCAGGCCCCCUGGCUGGGCAGGCUGGACCUGCAGGAUGUGGGCAGGUGGCUGGAUGAUCUCCUGCUUGUGACCCUGAGUGGAACAUGCUAUCAGGCCUUCUACCAGAGGAUCCUAGCAACAGCCACCGAUAUGCAGGCCCAGAUCACCUGCUAUGCCAGCGCGGUCGUCUGCUUCAUUCUGGCCAUCCCUCCACUUGUCAUAGGUGCUGUGGCUGCCUCCACAGAUUGGAACCAGACCAGCUUUGGUCUGCCCACACCCUAUGAGCAGGACAAAGCUGGCAUGAUCCUGCCCAUCAGCCUGCAGUACCUCUGCCCUGUCUACAUCUCUGUUGCGGGGAUUGGGGCCAUCGCCGCUGCUGUGAUGUCCUCCAUUGACUCCGCCCUGCUGUCCUCCGCCUCACUCUUUGCACGCAACAUCUACAAAAACAUCUUCAGGAAAAAAGCGUCUGAAAGGGAGAUCCUGUGUGUGGUCAAGGUGUCCAUCCUGCUGUUUGGCUGCACAGGGAUGGGCCUGGCCAUGAGCACCUCCUCGGUGUACGUUUUCUGGAUCCUCAGCGGGGACAUGAUGUACUCCGUGGUCUUCGCACAGCUGCUCUGCGUCUUCUUCCUGUCAGGCAGCUCGAACGGGUACGGGGCCAUGGCGGGCUUCGGGGUAGGGCUGCUGCUUCGUGCCCUGGCGGGCGAACCCCUGCUGGGCAUCCCCCCGGUCGUCCACCUCCCCGGCUGCCGGGUAGAGGAGGGCGUCUACGUACAGGCCUUCCCCUUCCGGACCGUCACCAUGCUCGUCUCCCUCGUCGUCAUCCUGCUCGUGUCGUGCCUCUCCUCCUUCCUCUUCAAAAGGGGACUGCUGCCCAAGCGCUGGGACGUCUUCCGCAUCCAGAAGCAGGAGGCCAUCACUCUGAGGGACGUGACACUGAAAGAGCUGACUGAGGAGAGCAACAUGAACACUGCCCCCUCUGCAUCCCCCAGCACCAGCAAAGAGAAUGUACACGUGUCAUAGCAUAGCGUACCACCCAGACAGACAGAGACUCCUGGCGCCACACCUAAUCCAUUGCUUCACAAUUAUCAUUGCUAAACAAAACACGCACUCACACAUGCACGCACACACACACACA